AUGUCUGAAGUUGAAGAAGUCCAACAAGUUCCAGUUGAACAGCAAGAAGUUACUAUCGAAGAUGCUUUGAAAGUUGUCUUAAGAACUGCUUUGGUCCACGACGGUUUGGCUAGAGGUUUGAGAGAAUCUGCCAAGGCCUUGACCAGAGGUGAGGCUCAAUUGGUUGUUUUGGUUGAAUCUGUUACCGAAGACAACAUUAUCAAGUUAGUCGAAGGUUUAGCUAACGACCCGGAGAACCAAGUUCCUUUGAUUAAGGUUGCUGAUGCCAAGCAGUUGGGUGAAUGGGCUGGUUUGGGUAAGAUCGACCGUGAGGGUAACGCCAGAAAGGUUGUUGGUGCCUCUGUUGUCGUCGUCAAGGAUUGGGGUAGUGACACAGCUGAAAGAGAAAUCAUCUUGGACCAUUUCUCCCAACAAUAG